UCGCUUUCCGUUGGCCUAGUCUUUAAUAGCGUGGAUGGUCUGCCCCGCCAAAACUUUCCUAUCACAGCCGAGACACACGGAGAAUACGCAAUUACAGAAAAUUUUAGUUCCCACCUCCACCAAAUUGCGCAGAAACCAAAGGAAGAAUAAGGAAAAAGGAAAAUAUUGAUCCUUUCUCUCAUUAUUAAACCUGAUAUUUCAGGUUGGCCAAGGAGGUUCAGUUUAAAAGGCUAUGGUUCUGGAUAACAUCUUAUCAUCUCCUCAUCGGAGAUCACCAUCUUUCCGGAAACAAUUCCCGCGGGAUGAGUUGGGUAGUUGGUCAACACUCAUUCAAAGGCACCGUUUCCUCUUAACAGCUUUGGUUCUUUUGGCUUUCCUUUGCACCAUCUAUCUUUACUUUGCUAUUACUUUGGGCGCCACUGCCACUGGAUCAUGUUCUGGAUUGACAGGAAAACAGCAAGCAUUGUGUCGCAUAGAAUUGGCAAAGGCUUCGGUCAAGGGGAAAAUGAAGUUUUUCUAGCACAUAGACAUAGACAACAAACUAUUCUCAUUUUGAGGAGGCAAUGCUUGUGCUUGUUAUUGGUUACUGUAUACAUGAUAUGAUAUAUGUCAGAAUUUGUCUAGGAAAAGUUUGAUCACAUUGAAUCAUUAUCAUUAACGUGAAAAUCAUUUUGUAGUUGGUUUUGCCCCCCUAAUUUCAUCACCUGCUGGAGAUGUACAUCAAUAUUUUAAUUUGAAAUGUAAAGUCAUUUUUACUUUCUGUUC